CGCUCUAACAAGAACAGCAGCCGCCGGCGACAGUUGGCAACGCGGUGUUUACAUUUUGCUUAGUUUUUGCAAUUAUCGCGGUUUUCAUUUGGAGGCGUGGAAGCGAGAGAAGCGAGAACUGAAUAAUCGGGUUGAGCGGCGAAAGGCGAAGCAACUCAAAUACUCAAUAAUAAUAAAUCUCCCACUUGACCGAAGCAAACAAAGGAAACAAACACGAUGCCUUCUAUUGGGGGCGUUCUGUGGCCCCUGGGGCUAACCCUGCUCCUCGUGGGACUGAUAGUGCCCUCGCAGGGAGAGCGAUUCCGACGAGGUCGCCUAUACAGCGGCUUCAUCGGUGACCCCAGCCAGAAGGCCACGCUUCAGCGGUCCCUGCCCGCCGAUGAUCUCUGGUUCGAGCAGCCGCUGGAUCACUUCAACCGUCAGGACUCACGCACCUGGCAGCAGCGAUACUUUGUGAAUGCCGACCACUAUAGAAACGACUCCUCCGCCCCCAUAUUCCUGAUGAUUGGUGGCGAGGGCGAGGCCUCGGCCAAGUGGAUGCGGGAAGGCGCCUGGGUGCACUAUGCCGAGCACUUCGGUGCUCUGUGUCUGCAGCUGGAGCAUCGUUUCUACGGCAAGAGCCAUCCCACUGAGGACUUGUCCACCGCCAAUCUGGCCUAUCUGAGCUCCGAGCAAGCGCUUGAGGAUCUGGCCAGGUUUGUGGUUGCCAUGAAGGCAAAGUUCAAUCUGGCCGACGGACAGAAAUGGAUUGCUUUUGGUGGCUCCUAUCCAGGAUCGCUGGCUGCCUGGGCCAGGGAAAAGUAUCCUCAUCUCAUCUUCGGCUCCAUUAGCUCCAGUGGCCCGCUGCUGGCCGAAGUGGACUUCAAGGAGUACUUCGAGGUGGUUAAGGCCUCGCUGGCCGCCUACAAACCGGAAUGCGUGGAGGCGGUGGCGCGCAGCUUUUCCCAAGUGGAAAUCCUUAUGAGGUACAUGAUCGGGCAACGUAGUCUGGACGAGAAGUUCAAGACCUGCACUCCAAUCAAGGACUCGAUUGACAACCAACUUGAUAUUGCCAGUUUCUUUGAGAAUCUGGCUGGAAACUUUGCCGGCGUUGUUCAGUACAACAAGGACAACAGUCCACAUGCCACCAUAACCAUUGACGAUAUCUGCGAUGUAAUGCUUAAUACCACCGCUGGCCCGCCUGUGACUCGUCUGGGCCUGGUGAAUACGAUGCUGCUGAAGGAAUCGAACACCACAUGUCUUGACUACAAGUAUGCCAAAAUGGUGGCUGACAUGAAGAACGUGUCCUGGGACUCGGAGACUGCCAAGGGAAUGCGUCAGUGGACAUACCAGACCUGCAACGAGUUUGGCUUUUAUCAGACAUCGGAAGAUAAGACUGACAUUUUUGGUGGCCGGUUUGGAGUGGACUUCUUUAUACGCCAGUGCAUGGAUGUAUUCUCGGACAACAUGGAUGCCAAGUAUUUGGAGCAGGUUGUGUCGCAGACCAACAAGCAUUAUGGAGCCCUGCAUCCACAGACGACCAAUGUGCUGUAUGUGCACGGCUCUAUUGAUCCCUGGCAUGCGUUGGGUCUGAUCAAAUCUACGGACCAGGCAACUCCUACGAUUUACAUAGAAGGAACCGCUCAUUGUGCCAACAUGUAUGAGCCGGUGAAAACCGAUCCUCCGCAACUAGUGGCCGCCCGCAACAAGAUUCUCAAAUAUUUGGCCAAACUGCUGGAGGGCUACACCGUGGUUCCCAACUGAAACCCGAGAAGCAGCUGAAAGUGCAGACGUAUGUCGGUUUCCUGGUUGUCAGCAUGUUAUCUUUAUUUUGUUUAGUUGUGCAUGCAUUCGGAUAUUAAAUACACUCCGCUGCGGGUUAAUCCUU